AUGGAAUCAAAGCGCUGGCCACAGCAGCAAAGACGCGAAGAGUACAAGAAGGAGGCGCCCUAUCAUGGAAAACGACCUUCAACAUCAUAUAUACCCACUUCACAGGCCGUCAAUGCCAACUCACAUGGACUGGCAAUCUGUGAUGAUCACACCAGGAACGUUAACACAGGCUCCCGUGAUUACCGAGGUCUUGUCUCGGACGAUACUACUCAGUUCAAGGCCGACCGACACUGUGGCAUUGACAGUGUAGACCGGGAUCCCGACGGCGACUCAUCGUUUCACUGGGAUGAGGAAGCGACGCUUCUGUCUGAACUCAUGGAAACGGGGCCCGAACAAAACGGAGACGAGUACUUGGAUGCAAUGGUCGAGACUCUUCAAGCCCCAUUCACUGACCAAGGCAAACGUUUGAAGAAAGAAAUUGCCCAGACAUUGGUCCCUACACAUAACCGCGUUAAAGCUGUUAUACAGGUACUGGAAAAGAAUGUCGACGUUACAUACGGUCAAGGACUUGCGCUUUUCAAUGCUGCUUGCAAGGAUAUCGAAAAGUCAAUGUAUGCGCAACACAUACACAUGAAGGAGGUGUACGAAGAAAUAACGGGUAACAUUGAGCGCGCAUAUAAGGAACUCGAAAGAGAGUACCAUGAAAGGGACGAAUUAUGGCUUUCUAUUCAUUCAGCAGUAGCAAGCAUCGUUACUCCAGCACUCCAUAACCUCAAGGAAUCCCCGGAUAGAAUCGAAAGCGCUAUAACCAAACUAGAAAAAUCGGCCAAAGCCUCCACGUAG